AUGGGUGGCUUUGAAUGGACUGAUGAUGAGGUCAUUGUGGCGGUCUAUUUUGCAUCUAGGGGAGUCUAUCAAAGAGUGAUUGCGGAUUUGCUGUCGAGACGCGGUUUCUGUCGAACUCCGAACAGUGUGAACAACAAGCUAGUCAAACUAAAAGAAAAAUGUCCGGAAUUGGGCUCUUCCCGCCACUGGAAUCAUCUGGCUGUUGACUCCUGGCUUCAUGGGCUGCUGGAAACUUCACUUGUGAAGGCAGACAUUCUUGAAGUGACUGAGGAGGAUUUGAGAAUUAUAAAUCAGGGCUACACCUUUCUCCUCUCCAAGGGAGGAGAACUGAAGGACAAAUUUUUACACCUCAAGGUCAAGAGGAAGUGGACAGCGCCUAUUUUACCUUCAGCGAAAAUCCGGGUCAACCUGUCUUCAAUGUGGCGGAUAUGGGGUACAAUUGGACGGGCUUAG